AUGACCAAAGAAUCGCAGCAGCAGCAUGUGCAAGUGGCACAAGGUGGGGAGCGAGGGGAGCUGAGUGAAGAGCAGCGGCGCACCAAGCGCAAGGUGCACGCGCAGGAGCUGCAAUCCAAGGCCAAGAAGGCUGCUCAGGAGGCCGAGGGCAGGCGCAUGCUGGCUGAAAUUCGGCGGCAGGAGGCGGCUGUGUAUGGCGCCAUGGGCCGAACGGGGUUCCAGGCGCAGGGGCAGCUGCUGGGUAGCGUGUCUAUUCCCGCUCCCAGUGCGUCCGCUUUUGCCGUCACUCAACCUCCUGCUCCCCUUCCCCCUCCGCCUCCGCGCGCGCGCGCCUCCCCGCGGCUGGUGGCGCAGCUGCGGACGAGCGGGCCCGGGCACGUCGUCUGCAGCGCCAUCUCCCCGGACGGCCGCCAGCUGGCGCUCUCUGAUUUGUCGAAGCUCCGCGUGUACAACCUGCUGUGUGACGUGGCGGGUGGAACAGGAGGAGGAGGAGGAGGAGGGGGAAGAGGAGGAAAGGGAGCAGGAGCAGUUGGAGUUGCUGGUGGUGGUAGUGGUGGCGGAGCAGCAGCAGCAGCAGCAGCAGCAGCAGCAGCGGCAGCAGCAGUGGGAUCGGCGGUGUGGAGGAUAGAGAGGGCAAAGGGCCCAUCCCUGGGCCCGGCUGUGUGCGUGGCGUUUGCUGCUGAUGGCAGGUCGCUGCUUGCCGCUGCUCCCACGGGAGAGAUCGUGGUUGUGGCGACAGGCACUGCAGCACCAGCAGCAGCAGCAGCAGCAGCAGCAGCAGCAGCAGGUGCAAUGGUGUCUCCCGCACCUCGUGCAGCAGGAGCAGGCAGCAAGCGAAGCAAGUCACCAGCGGCGCAGAGAAGACCCCCGCCCUCACCAUCGCCCUCCCCAUCACGAGUGGUCGCAUCAGCAUCCGCUUCACCCUCCCCUCAAGCAACGACACCAUCAGCAGCAGCAGCAGGGGCAGGGACCAGAAACACCCCUGCCACGUUCACCAUCCCUCCGUCCCCCGUUUCCCCGAAACCCGGCGUUUUCUCUCCGGCCAACGCUGCGGCUGCAUCGGCAGGGCUGCUGCGGCUGGUGCAUCGGUUCCCGCCGUUUGGCGAGCAGAGGGACGGGUGCUUGCCCCCGUCUGUGCGCGUGCUUGCCACCAGCCCCUGCGGCCGCUGGGCCGCUGCUGCUGAUGCGUCCGGCAACGCUGCCGUGUUUGAUGUCAAGAGGAUGAGGAAGGAGUGGGACGUGCCGCCGCUCUCCCACCCCGCGCUAGUCACAGCCAUGGCGUUCCACCCCAGCUCUCGCCUGCUCAUGCUCGCCACCAACACCAACUCCUUCCGUGUCUUCUUCCUCCCCCCUUCCUCCUCCCCCUCCUCCUCCCGCUCCCCCUCCUCCUCCUUAGUCCUCUCCAAGAGAGCUGCUAGGCGCAGGGAUGCCAAGCUGCUGCUGCCUCCCUGGCUCCUGUCAGGGGCUGCUGCUACUGCUCCCGCUAGCUCCAUAGCCCAGCAGCAGCAGGAGAAGGCUGGUGCUUCCAAUGUUAGCGCCACUGCCGCCGCUGCGGCUAACGCUGCUGCAGCCGCCGCUGCUGCUGCUGCAGUGCCAUUCACAGAGACACCGUGGAGUGUGGCGAACGAGGCAGUGCUGAUGCAGACGCUCCAGCUGCUGCCAGAUGGUAUUUGCGGCAUCUCCAUGUCUGCUGACCCGCGCUCGCCCAUCGUUAUUCUGCACAGUUCCAGGAACCUCUGUGUCGUGGACCUAUCGGCCUGGUACUCCCCCGAGCCUUGCCCUUUCCCAGCCCCGCGCCGCUCCCCUCCUGCGCCGCGCUUUGUGGAGCUAGAGCACCGCCUGCUCUUCCUCUCCCACGUGGGGCCCUCGCACCUGCUGGCUGUUGAGAGGCAGUGGCGCCACGUGCUCGCCACGCUGCCGCCGCCGCUGCACAGACACAAGUUCGGGCACGGUUGA